AUGAUUCAAGAAAGCAUUGCAGAGGAAGAAGCUGAAUAGUAAUGGAGACUUCUUCCUCUUCCUGAUAAACUUUAACCAGAAAUGAGUAUUAACAGUCUGCAAUUUUCUCCAAAUGGUAAUCUGUAUAUCACAGCAUAUGCUGUUUUGGGUGAAGAUGAAUCAGAUUUGAAAUACUAUGAAGUUCACUACUAUAAUUUUACGACAAAAAUUUGGAAGUAACUAGAGACUUAAUUUGGGAUCAAUGAAAUUGCUUUCACCAAUCUACCUGGGUCAGAUGAAUAUAAUAUGCUAUUGUUUGAUAUUAGUGAUUAUGUCCAUCAAGCUAGUCAUAGAGAUUUCACCAAGUUAAACAAAGUCAAGCAAAUAGUUAUAUCUCCAUCUGGCACCUAUCAUAUUUUAAGAAGUGAGAUUAAUUCGGAUAGUGAUGAACUCCUUGACAAACUUAAACUUCACCUGGAAUAACAGGGUAUAUCUUAUAGGUGA